AUGUCUUGCCCCAACUACUGCUCAGGAAACUUCAGCUCGGGAGCCCUCAGGAACUCCUGCCCUGUUCCUUCCACCUCCUCUGUUGCCAUCUGCUCUACCAAUGUGAGCUGUGGCGAUGCCCUCUGCUUACCCAGCAGCUUUCAAGACCAUACCUGGCUCACAGACAACUGCCAAGAGACCUGUGGUGAACCAGCCAGCUGCCGGCCAGCCAACCUCGAAACCUCUUGCUGUUCUUCCUCUGCUUACUACCUGGCCAAACCCUGCCAAGGAAGCAGUUUCCUUCCCGCUUCUUCCUUCAUCUCCAGCUCCUGCCUCCCAGGAUCCUGCAGACCUCUGAGCUUUGUGUCCAGCAGCUGCUGUCCACAGAACCCCCUACUCAAUAGUGGCCAGCUGGUAGGAGGCUGUGUGCCCAGCGGCUGCCGCCCCUUACCCUGCUUGUCCACCAGCUGCCAACCCCAGGGCCUUUUCACCUAUGGAUACCGACCUGUGGGUUGCUUGACCUAUCGCCCACAAACACUUCCCGUUGUGUCCAGCAGCCUCAGACCUCUGGGGCCUUCGUCCAGUGGGUGCCAGCCUCUGACCCGUGUGUUUGGCACUUGUCGUCCACCUUGCUCUGCACAGGGAGGCCAGUAG